CAAAAUUACACAUACCAAAAUAAUCAACAUGGCUUCCUCUUUGACCGAGGGCAGCUAAAUGUGAUUUGAAAUUUGAAGAUAUUUGAUACCUUAGAGUACCACAGAUGUUUUGAUAUAAAAGAUGGGUUGAACAAUGGCGGAGGACCAGCCCCACCCACCAAGCAACGAAGCGAAAUGUAACCCGGGCCAAGGUGCUGUUGCCCGUCUGCUUCUGGCGAGUUCCAUGAUCGCCCAGGAGGAGGCGAGAAGGGAUGGCGGCAACACACACGACAAGCCCAUGGAGGUGUCGGACCACCGUCCAGCACGUCUUGACUGUCAUAUGCUGGACAAUAACAGCGCAGCAGAUGGGACCCCUCCACCAGACGACCUCAGUGUUGGUCAGAAUGACCUCUCUCCCGACGUCUACAUCACCUAUCCCCCGUCAUCGUCAGGUUUGAACCCCUCCGGUAGACUUUAUAACUGUAGAUUCUGCAAUUUCUCCACUGUGACGUACUCUCAUCUACAGCUUCAUAUGCCCAAACAUGGAGGUUUGAAGGCCCUCAAGUGUCCGAUGUGUGAUUACUCCACGAAUGACAAGAGCAACUUCCGUCGCCACAAGCGACUUCACAUGCGGAACAACCCCGCCACAGUCCUCCGAUGUGGCAAGUGUGACUUCUCCACGGUGUUGCCUCGUAAGAUCCGGGAGCACUACAGUCAGGACCACGGGGAGGACUACGGGCCGCCGCUGCAGCCGAUGCAGGAGGCGACGGCACUCAGGAUCCAGACAUAUGGAGACAACCACUUCGGUGGUCGCCACAUGGAAAUCCCACAUAAUCAGUGCACCCAGACAGCCAUGCCCGUCGGUACAAUUCACACGUUACUCGGGGCAGCUCCUCCCAGCAUGCAGUUUGCCAGGGCUGAGCCGCAGAUAUUGACUAACUGUGUCACUCAGUAUCGGCCUUACGAGGUUCCCACUCAGCGGGUUGCGCAAGAAAACCACAUGGCAUCGGAUUAUUUGAGAUCCAUAGUGUCGAACAUCAUCACGACCCAUCACACGCCUCGGGUGCCAGCUACAAGCACCAUCACAUCAUCCAGCUUCUAUCUCCCACCGCCUGUAGAAUCGUCACAGGGAUUGUCUCCCCUUAAUCACCCUUUAACAAGGCAGCAACAGGGGGAAUCAUCGGAAGAGGAGGUGAAGGUGAAGGUCGAGCCAGUAGAUUGCGACGGAGCAUCGGAUGUGUCGAGUUCGGCUACACCAGUGCGGAGCAAUGCACCAAGACAUAUGGAGGCACAAACAACACAGAGACUCUCGAUGGAAAUGUUCGAACCAGCUCCUGCUGGAGAUCGCAAUAAUGAAGCAACGCCAUCUGGUGAGCAUGGAAUUAACAAUGUCAAGUCGACUGAGGCAGUAAGGCCUCAGAAUGUGGUUCGCUCAACAAUUGAGUCACAUGAUAUUCGACCAUCUGUCGUACCCCGUGACAUUCGCUCAAUGGUAGAUAUUCAUGAGAACAGACCCAUUGCGGAUACCCGUGAAAUACACACAGUGUUCGAUUCGCGGGAUGUUCGAUCAGCGAUGGAAGCACGUGAUAUCCGACAAGUGAUUGACCCUCGGGAUGUUCGAGGAGGGGUUGAUGUUCACUUCACAAACCGACAUAUCAAAACAGAAAUGUCAAAUAUUGGAAUACAGUGUACGAUGCCUGCAAUUAAGACUGAAAGUGCUGCAGUGUCAAAUGAUAAUUACGAUCGGCGGCGCACUAGGAUGUUCCUGGUUGAGAGAUCAGUUCAGUGUGAGUUGUUGUCAUCGGUUAGACGGAUAUCUUCAACACGUCUUGUGUCGGACACAAACGAAGGUGACCAGCCACUCCUGAGGCCGGGGUCAAAGUGCACUCAUUGUGGCGUGACAUUCGAAGAUGAGGUUUUGUUUUCAAUUCACAUUGGGUGCCACAGUCACACUGAUCCUUUUGUAUGUAAUGUGUGCGGUAAGCAGUGCUAUAACAAAUAUGGUUUUUAUUCUCACAUCAUGAGAGGUCAUCAGCUGUAAGAACCCGUCUCUGGCACUGUUGCCAUGGAUACAUCUUUUUAUGGUGUACAGCUCAUGUAAAUCUCCAGGAUUUGUCCUAAAAGUGUCACGUCCUAAAAGUUUACCAGUUGUUUAUUUUACCUCACACAAGCUUUAUAAAGUAACUGCAGAUAGGUGCCUCAUAUUUCAGAUUCAGGCUCUAGUGCUAUUAUGUGAAAUUCUGUUUUUAAUUAUUUCAUAGUGUCCAUAAUUUUGCAUGUUUCUAUUAUAAGAUUAAAUAUUUUUUCUGGUAUAUACAAGAUGGAAUAUUAAGAAGUGGAACAUAUGAUUAUGAUGAUGUCUGAAAAAGUGUAUCAGGGCUUGAUUUAAGGAAAUCGAUUAAGGAAAUGACAACCUAGUUGCACCCUGGUCCCAUAACUUUAUGAAAUUUGAAAGAUGCAUAAGCCUAAAUAAAUAAAGUCUCAGGUUUCUAAUGACAGUGUCAUGAUUAUACAUUAAUUAUAGGCAUUGCUGCAAAAUGUACAUGUGUACCUAAUCUUCAAGUACCCACAUUUUGAUGACGUCAAGCCCAAGAAAGUGUGACAAAUUACACAUACCGUAUUCGACGUAAUAAGCGCCCAGGGCGCUCUCAAAAUUAGAAACAGGGGGCUCUUAUAAGAAUAUUAUUUUGGUGGAAAAAACAGAUUUGAAAGAUAAAUAUCGUG